AUAGCGAUUUUAACAAGUAGUCCUUUCCAAAAGUGUGUCUGCAACAUUACCAAAACUAAACCUUCCCCUUUGGUUUCCCAUUUACUUUGCGUUCUGUCUUGUUUUUGAUAAUAUGCUUGUGCAGAAACAGAGAAAAAACUUGUGUUAGUAUUCUUGGAUUUGGUUUGAGAUGGAACGAGAUUUUCUGGGUUUGAGCGACAAGCAGUAUCUGAAUAACGUUAAGCCCGACGUUGACGAUGAUCGUGUCGGAGAACGAGGACUGAGCAAGAAGAUAGCUAAACAAUGGGGAAAGGCAAAGCUCUUACCUAAUUCAAGUUUCAUGCCUGCUGCUGCAGAUCUUCAGUGGUGCCCAUUUUCUGCGGCCAGUAUCCACCGCAGAAGCCAAUUUGGCGGUGGUGCGUUUCAGAACGCGAAUCAGCUUUUACUUGGCGGAUCAGUUCCCUUAACAAAUUAUUCUGCUUUUCGUCCUGCUUUUAACUCGUCCAAGGAUCCACGAGUGGCUUCCUCAGGAUCAUCUCCUCAGCUCACAAUCUUCUAUGCCGGAACUGUUACCGUCUUUAAUGACAUAUCACCUGAUAAGGCUCGAGCCAUUAUGUUAUGUGCUGGGAACGGUUUGCAAGGAGAAACUGGAGAGAGCAGUUUGAAGAAACCUCUUCGAGAAACUGAGAGAGUAUUCUAUGGAAAACAAAUCCAUAAAGCUACUGCUGCUGCAUCUUCAAGCUCUGCCACUAGCGCUGAUAGUUUCUCUAGGUGUAAAGACAAACACGUUGGUGCGACAAAUGCAAUGACUAUGAUUGAAUCAUUCAAUGCAGGUCCUAGCAAUAUGAUUCCUUCAGUUCCUCAAGCUCGUAAAGCAUCGCUGGCUCGGUUCUUGGAGAAGCGCAAAGAGAGGAUCAUGAGUGCAAUGCCAUACAAGAAGAUGCUUCUUGAUUUGUCGACGGGAGAAUCAAGUGCUGCUUCUCAUACCUAAAACCUUCUUCUUCUUGGUGGUGUUAUAAACCACUCUGAGAUUUUUUUCACGAUGGUAAUUUGAAAAAUAAUCAGUAGAUUAUUACUGUUAUAGCUACCAUUGAUAAUGUUACGAGCAAAAGAAGGCGUUAGGCGUAUGUGUACUAUUUGAUCAUUGUUGUAAUGGUUGUUGUAGGAUUAUUUUACUACCUCAAAUACUAACAGAUGUAUGUUUGUCAUGUCUGUCAAGAAUAAAAGACCGAAUAAAAAUCACUAUUAUUAAUAUUAUCUAUA